AUGCGCUCUUUUGCGUUCCUGUUGGCCAUUGGCCUGUUUGGUGUUGAUUCUGCGCUUGCUGGUCCCUGCAAGCCUCGUGCUUCCACUAUGGAUGCAGCGACCUCUACUUCGAUUGAUUCGACGAUGCAAUCUAUCACAACCACUGCAGGAGAGACCACUACCGUGGCAUCGUCCGAAACACUGACCGAGACUGUCGCAACCACAGUCGCUUUGGAUACCACCACCGCAAUCACCAUAACAGCAUCUGAGACCGAAACAACCACCACCGCAUCCGAGGCUGUAACAACAACCGCAGAAGUGACCACUACUGCUCCCUUAGCAACCCCUACCUUUACCAUAGUUGGUGGCGGCGGCUCAGUGAGCGGCUCUCCCAUCAAAGGCACUGGCCAAGAUGGGAGUGUCAUGUUAUUCAACCCUGAAGGAGGGAACGCCCGUACCCGAACGUUCACUCUUGACCCUAAAACUGGCCGAUUGCGAGACAAGGAUACUGGGAUUUCCAUUUGCGCUUACUAUGGCCUUGCCAACUCACCCUCAGACCCAGCUUACUUUUCAUUUUGCCAAAAUGGCAACAUUGGCCCUAACUUGGCCUACGAAUAUCUCACCUGCGACAUAGUCGACGGCAAGCUUGCUUGUACAUCCCCACGGGGUUCUUGCCCAAUGGAUGACGAUGGGAACUUUUUAGGUUGUUUCACUGAUCCCGCCGGUGGUAUGAACAAUCAAUUUUACUACCAGUAUAAGGCUGGAGCUGGGUACUAUCUGUUUAUUUCCAGUGGUAAUCCAAGCGGCUAUACGCCUGUCGAUAUCAUUGCCCAGAAUGCCUGA